AUGGAGAUCCGAUCAUCGCUUAUAAAUCCCUGCGUCGUUGUUCGAAGCCCCAGUUUCCUUCUCAACCCUAACUUUCCACUCUGCAGCGCCCAGCCACUGGUCAACAUUCCUUACCAUCCUGCCAUGGGGCAAGCUGCCGUCCUCCUCAUGGCAAUAGCCAUAGCUUUAGCUCUCAGUCCGACAGCCACGGGAGACAUCGGGGGAGGUCGGAGAAGCCGAUUUCUGGCCGUGACGGCACCCAAGAACAAGAAGUGCAGCAUCGAUCCUAUGGUCUGCUACGGCGCCGGGAGCCCCGGGCGGCGCUGCUGCGGUGACCAGUGCGUCGACACUGACAGCGAUCCCUUCAACUGCGGCAAGUGCGGCAAGAUGUGCAAGUUCACGCGGGCUUGCUGCGGUGGGAAGUGCGUGAGGUUGGCGUUCGAUAAGAAGAACUGUGGGAGCUGCUUCAACCGGUGCAAGAAGACCUGCAUGUAUGGCUUGUGUGACUACGCCUAG